AUGAAAGUUAAGCAACUUUGUAUUAAUUCUUAUAAGCCUCCAGUUUAAUCUUCAAAUUGGGCUUAGAGCUUAUUUUUGAAUCUCUAUAGAUGUAAUUCAUAAUAGAUUUCUCGUCACUUGCAUAGACUAAAAGUCAAUAAUGUAGUGAAGGGUGGCUAGAGUUUUAUAUUUGGAGAAGAGAAAGUUGGUUUGGCAGUUGGAGUAAAGGGUUCAUGUUAUAAUGCAGGAGGAGAAGUAGCAAGAAAGGCAAGAUAAUAUGGUUUUGGAACUGUUGUAUUAAGUUAAAAUGAAUUAAACAUAAAAGAAACAUCUUAAGUGAUUUCUGGAUUGAUCUAAGCUAAUUAUAAAUACAAAUAAUUGGGAAAUGUUGCAUAAGAAAAAUAGUAAAGUGAUGAAAACAAUGAUCAAUAUAGUUAUAUAUCUGAUUUACAUGUUUAAGAAAACUUAUUUGAGGAUUCUUACUUUUAACAAUUAGUGCAAUUAGCUUAAAUAAAAUUAUAUGCAAGAGAUUUAGCAAAUACAAGAUAGGAAGGAACACCUUAAUUUUUUGUAAAUGAAGUAAAAACUCUAUUUAAAGAUAAUCCAAAUGUUGAAAUAAAAAUUUUGGAAGGAAAAUAAUUACAAGAAAGCUAAUUAAAUCUUUUUUAUGCAGUAGGAUAAGGAUCAAUAUAUACACCUACAUUAAUAAACUUGACAUAUCGAGGAAAUAAAGAUUCUCAAUAAUUACAUGCUUUAGUUGGUAAAGGAAUUACAUUUGAUACAGGUGGUUUACAUUUAAAAUCAUAUGGUAAUAUGGAAACAAUGCAUCUUGAUAAAUCAGGUGCUUGUAAUGUAUUGGCUGCUUUUAAAGGAGCAGUAGAUAUGAAAUUAAAAGUAAAUGUAACAGUGACUUUGGGAAUGGCUGAAAAUGCAAUCUCAAAUACAUCAUAUAAACCAUCAAAUAUAUUAAAAAGUCAUAAAGGAUUAACAGUAGAAAUAAAUAAUACAGAUGCAGAAGGACGUUUAGUAUUAGCUGAUUGUUUAAGUUGGACAUAAUCAACAUAUAAUCCAACAUCAAUAUUAGAAAUAUCAACAUUAACAGGUGCUUGUGCAGCUGCUCUAGGAGAGAAUACUGGAGGAUUAUUUAGCAAUAAUGAUAAUUUAUCAUAAGAGAUUCUAGAAAUUGGAAAAGAGUUAUAAGAACCCUUUUGGAGAAUGCCUGUGACUGAUGAACAUAAAGAUAUGAUGAAAGGUUAAUUUGCAGAUUUAUGUAAUAUUGGAAAGUCUAAAGUUUGUGGGGCUAGUAAAGCAGCAGCCUUUUUAUUCCACUUUAUUGAUGAAAAGGUAUUUAUUCUUCGCAUCAUAGACUCCAUUUGCUCAUCUUGAUAUUGCAGGGCCAAUGGACAGUAAAGCAGAUAAAGGAAUUCACCCUCCAGGAGCAACUGGAUUUGGAACAUAGGUGCUUUUAAAAUAUCUUGUAAACAAGUAAGAGUGAUAUAUUAUAAUUAUAAUAUAAAAUA